GGCGGGCGGGAAAGAGGAUGGCGGUGGCGGCGAUCCGGCUUCGUCCGCUGGCGAUUUGGGGUCUCCGAACCCCUCCGCCGCGCUGGCCUUCCCUUUGCUAUCGCGCUCAGCCCUUGGCUACACGGCCGCCGGGGGAUAAGCCGCGGGAAGGGCCCAGCAAACCUGGGCCUGUAACUUGGAAGACUCUGGCAAUUACUUGUGCUAUUGGAGGAAGUCUGCUAGCAGCAAUGAAGUUCUUCAAGAAACAGAAAGAAGAAAAGGCGGAGAAGGAGCGGCAACGGGCUCUUGGAAAGCCAUUGCUGGGAGGCCGUUUCUCACUCGUCGAUCACCAUGGGCAGCCCAAAACGGAUCGCGACUUUCUGGGCCAGUGGGUGUUAAUCUACUUUGGUUUUACACAUUGCCCUGACAUUUGCCCAGAAGAACUGGAAAAAAUGGUUCUCGUCAUCAAUGAAAUUGAUGAGAUCGAGUCUCUUCCAAACGUCACUCCGCUCUUCAUCACGAUCGAUCCAGAGAGAGACACGAAAGAAGCUGUUGCUACAUACAUUAAAGAGUUUUCACCCAAGCUGAUCGGAUUGACGGGUACGAAAGAACAGAUCGAUGAGGUGGCUCGAGCCUAUCGUGUCUAUUACAGCUCUGGCCCAAAAGAUGAAGAUAAUGAUUACAUAGUGGAUCACACCAUCAUAAUGUACCUUCUUGGACCAGAUGGAGGCUUUGUUGAUUAUUUUGGGCAAAACAAGAAGAAUUCUGAGAUUGCUGCUUCAAUCGCUGGACACAUGAGACAAUAUAAACCCAGCUAGGAGGUGGAAGGUUUUGCACUAGAAAGCAAGGAAGCUGCAUAUCAGGCAGGCUGGUCCCAUGACACUAAAAUGCAGCUAGUAAUGUGCCAGGGAGAUCUGAUUAGUUGGAUGAAGUAUUGCGGGAGUAAUCUGUCUUGGCAACUUCCUUAAGCAUUUGAAUUCUCAGCUAAGGCUAUACCUACAGGCUAAGACUCAAAUGCAUUAAAUGAGGAGCUGCAAAAGUACUUUUUCUCUGAAUGUGCCUUGCUUCUUAAAGGCCUUUAGGGAUGGCACAGAGGAGGUCCCAGUGAGAGGGUCACCACUUCUCAAAUCCAUUCACAGGAGCAUUUAAAUAUUUCCCUGCUCUUGUAGUGUGUGUUUCUGCUGUGCUGAUGCAUAUACAGUGGUAGGUAUCAGUCAGGAGGAGGCUUGCUUGGUAUCUCUGUGUCUUUUGACUCAGUCCCACGGCUUCAACAUCGCUUCCAAAAUGUUCCUGACAGGCAUAGGAGCUGUUGGGUUUUUUGCCUUUUUGAAAUGAUUAUGGGAAGGGUGGUAGCUAUAUUGAUCAUGGAUUAUUGAUCAAGUAAAAUGGCAUUUAAUGCACAGACAAUGAAAUAAAGUGGAAGAAACCUAGAGCCUGUGUUCUUUGAAAUCUCACAUCAAUUAAAGUGAUUUUCUCUCUCCGAA